GUCGCGCUGUCAGAUGAACAAACGAAAAGGAAAACGAACCAGCAGAAAGGGGAAAAAGUAGAAGCAAAACGCAAACUCUCCGAAAAAAACCAACAAUCAGCUAACAAAUUUGGUGCGCGCUAGGGAAACGACACUGUUCCUCCCAAGUGUGUGCGUGUGUUUGUGCGGGCGUGUGUGGCUUUUUUUAUUAUUAUUUUCGAACCAUAAUCGAAACAUCUGCCCAGCCUAUGCAAGCUGGGUGCGCCGUACAUACAGCCCAUCCGAUAGAAUAAGCGUUCGAAGCGCCGCGCUCGCGUAUCCCACCGAAUCUCAAUCAACGAAUCUCUCCCAUCACACGCAGAAAUGGCGAUCAAGGGCUGCUGCUCCGUGGUCAAGUACCUGGUGGUGCUGGUGAACCUACUGUUCUGGGUCGUCGGAUUUUUAAUUGUGUCGCUCGCCAUCUGGAUGCUGUCCGAUCCUACCUUCCUGAUAUCGAUGACCCAGAACGAGACGAACUACACGAUCGGGCUGUACAUCUUCCUGGUGGUCGGUGGGCUGAUGCUGGUCGUCGCCUUUCUUGGCUGCUGCGGUGCAUUUAAGGAAUCGCAAUGGAUGCUCACUUCGUUCUUCUGCUGCCUGUUGAUGGUGCUCGUUGCCGAGCUGGCCGCCGGUGCCUGGGCGUUCCAAAACUCGGACAAGCUGGACAACGUGGUCCGUUCGGCGGUGAAGGAAGCGGUCCAGACGCAGUACGGCGUCAUUCCCAUGCGCACCGCCACGCUUGAUGCGAUCCAGAAGCAUUACAAGUGCUGCGGAGCCGAGGGACCGAACGACUGGCAAUCAAGCGCGUUCAACAACGCGGAGCGGCCGACACCGAGCAUCGAGAUCUCCAAUCAACCGACCAUCUACAAGGUGCCGGAAACGUGCUGCGUGUCCAACAUUACGCCCGAGCAGUGCGAAAAAGCGACGCGGAUGGAGUUCCUGGCGUCGACCAAGAAGCAGCCGCAUCUGUUCGCCGACGGUUGCAUGGAAAAGCUGGUACAGGCGGUACAGGAUAACAUCAAGCUGAUCUGUUACGUCGGUGCGGCGAUCGUCGGCAUCGAGUUGCUGACGCUGAUACUUUCCCUGCUGCUGUGUUGCGCGAUCCGCCGAAACGAUAACUACAAGCACUAAAAGGGGAGAAGCAGUGCCAGCAGCAGCAGCAGCAAACCAAGCCAAAAUCGGUCAUCGAUUGACAGUUUGCUUUUUUUAUUAUGAUUCUCUUCCCUCCUCUUUUUUAAAUGUCUCCCUCGUCGUAUGCAUAUUUAUAGGUGUAUAUCCUUUGGCGAAGGGUGAAUUUAGGUAUUUUGUCGAUUGGACCGAUCUUGCUUUCUUGACAGAAUCGAUGUCGGAGUGCACUUCGGCAGAGGUUCUGAGCGGUCGCAGCUGGAUCCACUCUAGGCGCGAUAUCGGUUUACCCGUCGCUAGUAUCCAUACGUACAUAUAUACAUACACCUGUUUACUAAAUAACGAAACGAAAACGAAUCCCUACGAUGUAGAUCUUAUAACAACAAAUGGCCAUGACAAAGCUUUUAGUUUUUUGUUUUGUUUGUUUUUUAAUCGUAAACGAUAAAUAAUACUUAACCACGUUUCUUCUCCGUCUUAAUCCGUCUCCUAGUUAACAUUAACGAAUCGUUUUAUUAGGUGUAUUUAAAAAAGCUGAUAAGUGUUUGACAGCGCACAAAACCCGCCAGCCUGUGCUGCGGACGAACUAACACAAUAUGGUAGUAUUAGUAGUAAUCCGCGUCCUCCCCCAAAGCCAAAAACAAAAUGCGUCGAUAUAUUUGAUGCUUUUUUUAAUUUCUUUUCAAAGAAAUGAAACACACAAAAAUGGCAAUUAUGCUCUUAUUUAUAUGAUUUACAAACACACUUACAAAAGAACAAACAAGAAAAAAAUCGAACUCUAGUAGGCACGCUCGAUUAGUGCAACUAAUGCUAAAUAUUUUAAUACUAUACGUUUAUCUAUAUACACAUACAUUAUAUAUAUAUACAAACACACAUAUGAGUAUAUUUUUCUCGCUGAGUCCGUAGCUAGAGUUACCGUUGUACUUUAACGAACAAAGAAAAGCAAAACGAUGCAAAGCAAGUGUAGUACACGAGAUAUAAGCACUCCCGUUUUUUUUCGGCGGGUUGCGACACAUUCUGCCUACACGUAGGUCACAACACUUAUAUAUGUAUGUAAACUUGAAUGAUACAAACAUCGUACACACAAGCGCGCGCGCACGCAUUCUUCGUACAAAUAGAAACAAAAAGCAGCAGAAUCCCAGAUUGUUCGCUAACGAAUUAUGGUAAAUGUCUAUUGAAUCGAUUGUGUUCUCUAAACUGUAAGGUGAAUAAAAUUUUAUUUUAUAUUCGUUUAAAAAUUCA